UUGAUGUGCCUCAUUCAGGAAACACUGUGACUCUAAGUCAGUUAAGCCAGAUAGAAGAACUUAGCACCAUUUCUGGAGAUUUUGCAGCUAUAAACGAUCUGCACAAUGAGGAAGCUUCUCAUUUGUAUGCUACAUACAUGCAUGCUUCGCAUCAUAAUUAUAACAAAGAACUUGUUAUAACUCCAUACAGGGACAAGAUAGUGGAACUGAUAGAUGUCCACCAGGUUGUCAUUAUCCAAGGUAGUACAGGCUGUGGGAAAACUACACAGGUACCCCAGUAUAUUCUUGACCAUUGUGCUGAAAAAGGACGUCACUGUAGCAUUGUUGUAACUCAGCCACGUAAGAUAGCUGCCACAUCCAUUGCUCGCAGAGUUUGUCAGGAACGUAAUUGGGAGUUAGGAUCUAUAUGUGGCUAUCAGGUAAGCAUGGACAGUCAAACUUCUGAUGACACACGCCUGAGUUAUGUGACUACUGGUGUUUUGCUACAGAAACUUAUCCACAAUCGUAACAUGAACAUGUACACUCAUGUCAUAAUAGAUGAGGUCCAUGAGAGAGACCAGGAUACAGACUUUGCUCUCCUGGUAGUUAGGAAGUUUCUGAGAACAACUUCAAAAGCAGUUAAGGUAAAUAUUUACCAACAGAAUAAAAGAAGAAAGGUACUGGGGAAACACAAAGUCUGGUACAGGAAAGGUACUGGGGAAAAACAACAUCUGGUACAGGAAGGGUACUGGGGAAACACAAUGUCUGGUACGGGAAAGGUUCUGGGGGAAAACAAUGUCUGGUACAGGAAAGAUACUGGGCAAACACAACAUCUGGUACAGGAAGAGUACUGGGGAAACACAAUGUCUGGUAUGGGAAAGGUUCUGGGGAAACACAACAUCUGGUACAGAAAAGGUAUUGGGGAAACACAAUGUCUGGUACAGGACAGGUACUGGGGAAACACAACAUCUGGUACAGGACAGGUACUGGGGAAACACAAUGUCUGGUACAGGACAGGCUACUUUGAAAUCAGUGAGAUGGAAGAAAAACUGAAGGAAGAAAUGCAUGCUAGAAAGUGGUGGAUUCUUCCUCUGCAUUCCUCAAUAACUGUGGACGAACAAACACAAGUAUUUCGACAUCCCCUGAAAGGCUACCGAAAGAUAAUUUUGUCAACCAAUAUUGCUGAGAGCUCAAUCACAGUUCCAGACAUAAAAUAUGUGAUAGAUUUCUGCCUCACAAAGACGUUAUAUUGUGAUAGAGAUACCAACUAUUCAUGUCUUAUGUUAGAUUGGGCAUCCAAAGCCAACUGCCAACAACGAUCAGGUCGAGCUGGACGAGUGUCUGAAGGUCGAGUGUACAAAAUGGUUCCAUAUUCUUUUUAUGAAAAGGUUUUGAAUGAUUAUGGACAGCCAGAGAUGAAACGUUGCCCCUUGGAACAAGUAGUUCUGAUGGCCAAGAAACUGGGCAUGGAAGAGCCAAAAGCUGUCCUGGCUCUUGCCUUGGAGCCACCCAACCUGGAAGACAUAGAGAGAGCAAUUUUAGUUUUAAAAGAGGUAAAUGCCCUUUCCACUGUUUCUGAGGGACAUGUGACUCCGUAUGAUGGAGACUUGACAUUUAUUGGUUCAGUAAUGGCUUUGUUACCAUUGGAUGUGAGACUGAGCAGGUUGAUCUUGUUGGGUCAUGUUUUUGGCUGCUUAAAACAAUGCAUUAUUAUAGCUGCAAGUCUGCACCUUAAGAGCUUUUUCUCUAAGCCUUUUGGAAAACUACUAGAGGCAUACAAAUCACGAUUGGCGUGGGCAGAUGGGUCUUUCAGUGAUUGUUUGGCUUUUCUUAAAGCCUAUUGUGUAUGGGAAGAGAAAUGUCAGUGUGGAGAUUUUCGGAGACCUGGUGGUCAGAGUGAGUCUCAGUGGGCUUUUGCAAACUUCAUUCAGUUACGUCGUAUUAAAGAGGUAGCUGUUACUGUUAAAGAACUGAUAUGUCGAUUAGACAGAGUCAAUAUUCGUAUUCCAAGAAGAGCACAUCACAUUGACGAAGAUGAACAGAUGUUUCUUUUAAAGAUCGUCAUUGCUGGAGCCUUCUACCCUAACUAUUUUGUAAGGGAGCUCAAUGAUGAAAAGGAAAUAAUAAAAACUCUAUCUGACAAAGAUCCUUUGUGUACAGUAGUAAUAAGGCUCCCAGGAUUAUCUCCUAUGGAAGGUUCCCUCUACACCUUUUCCAUUAGGGAAAUGUUUCGUCCUUGUUCCAACAAACAGAUUCGUAUUGACUUUGAAGAAGGAAAGGCCUUAGUCCAAUUCACCCGUGGACAACAAAUAGAGAACUCGGUUUAUGAGCCAAUGGGUAUCCUCAUGGCUGUAUACCUGGCUGUUAAAAUGAGGUUUGUACGUUCAGCCUUGAAACAAAUACCACUUCCAAGUACUGAAACAGUCACUAUUCGACUUUUUGUUCCUACU